CCCAGGCGGAAGCGGUGCACCGGGCGGCUUACUUCUGCCGGUUGACGGCUUGGCACGCUAGUCAACUGCGAGGCGGCUCGGAACCCUCCGGUGCAUGGAUCACACGUGCGAGGAGAGGGCCACGGAGGAUAGGAGCGACGAGGAGGACUCCGACGCCACGGAAGUCCCGGCCCGGACCCGGGACACCCCUGAAGACAUCGUUUUGGAAGCGCCGGCCAGUGGGCUGGCGUUCCACCCGUCCCGCGACCUCCUGGCGGCGGGGGACGUGGACGGGGACGUGUUCGUCUUUUCUUACUCCUGUCAAGAGGGAGAAACCAAAGAGCUCUGGUCCUCAGGUCACCACCUCAAGUCCUGCCGUGCCGUGGUCUUCUCUGAAGAUGGGCAGAAACUUGUUACUGUCUCCAAGGACAAAGCCAUCCACGUUCUAGACGUGGAGCAGGGCCGACUGGAAAGACGCAUUUCCAAGGCUCACGGUGCCCCUAUCAACAGCCUGCUGCUAGUGGAUAUGAAUGUUCUGGCCACUGGGGAUGACACAGGUGGCAUCCGGCUCUGGGACCAGCGGAAGGAAGGCCCCUUAAUGGAUAUGCGGCAACAUGAGGAGUACAUUGCUGACAUGGCUCUGGACCCAGCCAAGAAGCUGCUGCUGACAGCCAGUGGAGAUGGCUGCCUUGGUGUCUUCAAUAUUAAGCGAUGCCGGUUUGAGCUGCUUUCAGAACCUCAGUCUGGAGACCUGACCUCUGUCACAAUCAUGAAAUGUGGAAGGAAGGUGGCCUGUGGCUCCAGUGAAGGCACCAUCUAUCUCUUCAAUUGGAACGGCUUUGGGGCCACAAGUGACCGCUUUGCCCUGAGAGCUGAGUCCAUUGACUGCAUGGUUCCAGUCACUGACAGUCUGUUGUGCACUGGGUCUACCGAUGGAGUCAUCAGGGCUGUGAACAUCCUGCCGAACCGAGUGGUGGGCAGUGUGGGCCAGCAUGCCGGGGAGCCUGUGGAGGAGCUGGCCCUCUCCCACUGCGGCCGCUUCCUGGCCAGCAGUGGCCAUGACCAGUGCCUCAAAUUUUGGGACAUGGCCCAAUUGCGGGCUGUGGUGGUGGAUGAUUACCGUCGGCGCAAAAAAAAGGGAGGGCCGCUUCGGGCGCUGAGUAGCAAGGCUUGGAGCACCGAUGACUUCUUUGCAGGACUGAGGGAAGAGGAGAAGGAGAAGGAGGAAGAGGAGAGGGAGGAUGACAGUGACUGAGGGGAUGAGUUGAAUCUCAAGGCAGGUCCUCACUGGGCAAGAGUCUUGCUUCCUGGGCUGGAUCCCCAGAGGCUAUGAAUUUAUCAUACCCUCUUGUACAGCAUAAGGAGAUGGGCAAAUAGAGGCUCAGGACUGUGGGAAGUAGAGCUGCUCACUCUACCAGUGUAAGACAAGCCCACAGCUGGGGCAAGAUAGCACAGACACAGGUGUACACCAACCAGGGGUUUAAUAUAAAUACAACCAGCAUAGAUAAACCAACAGUACACAUACACCAAAACCAAAACACCAAGUGGUGGGGACAAAAGGCAGGUUUCUGACCCUUUGGCUCAGCCAUCCCCCAAAUAAAAACAAAGACAAAUCAAGAAA